AACGUUUGAACGCCUUAUCAAUAUAACUUCUUCACGGAAGACAAUGAUGUAUUUUUUAAUUAAAACAUUUGUUUGUUUAUCAACGUUUUUUAUGCUUAUUGUUCAUACUGAAGAUUCAUUGAAACCAAAACCAAGAAAAUCUAUCAGCAAACAAGAAGCUUUGAUAUCGACAUUAAUUAAUGAAGGCUACAGCAAAAAUGACCCGCCUUCAACGGUUGAUGCAACAGAAGUUAAAUUAGGAAUUCGGAUCAACAGUUUUUAUUCUAUCAGUGAGUCAACAAUGG